GCCACUAUAUUGUACGCACCGGAGACCACCAGCUCGGCUCGAGCGGCGCGCUCCCGGCGCGACCCCGUCGCCAUGCCCCGCCGCGCCGCACGCUGCUGACCUGGCGCCGGGGAGCCUCCCGUUGCUGCCUCCGCUCGCCGUGUACAGCCGCGGCGCUCUCCCCCCGAGGCCCGGCUCCCCGCGGGUCGACGGUGCCAUGUAUGCCGCUCAGAGUCACAGGUGCCGCCGCGCCCGCGAGAGGGGAAUCCAUGCCCAUGGCGGCGUCGCCAGGAAGCGCACUUCGCUGUCGCCGCCGCAGGUCCUUCUGUGCUUCAUAGGCGCCGCCGUCCUCCUCGCCAACGCUCGACACGCGCUGUUCGCCAAGGACUCAUUUCUGGGCUCCUCCUGGAGAAUUUCGUUGUCACCUGUUGCUCACGCUCGCACGCCCAGACCUCGAGGUGUGAAGUAUGAGCUGUACACGCUCCCUGUGGAUGCAAAGGCUGUAGCCGAUGGUGACACGAUGACCGUGCAUGUUGACACGGCGGACCCUCGUGAGUUCGGCAACGUGCCCCCUGAAGUUCAGGAAGCCGUGGCGGAGCGGACCAAGGCGCGGGCAGCCAAGGACUAUCAGAAGGCUGAUGCGCUUCAGAAGAUCUUAGUGGAUGCAGGAUAUAGGCAAGUUCCUAACUCGAGGGGCGAACAGGUUCUCGCGAAGAAGUACUGGAUCAGGCUAAGAGGGAUUGAUGCACCAGAGAACUCAAUGCCUUAUGGUAAAGAGGCAAAAGAGGAGCUAGUGAAGCUUGUGCAAGGAAAAGCCUUAAAGAUUUCCAUAUAUGAUAAGGAUCGGUACGAUCGAUUGGUUGGAGAUGUUGAAUGCAAUGGGAUCUUCGUGCAGGAACACAUGCUGAAGAGAGGGCUCACUUGGCACUACACUGCCUACGAUCGACGGCUGGAGCUCGCCACGUGGGAGAACCAGGCACAGGCAAGCCGAGCGGGGCUGUGGGCGUUGCCGAACCCCGAGAAGCCAUGGGAAUGGAGGAAGGAGAAGCGCAUGGGGAAAGCGAGAAGAGAAGAGCUUGCCAAUCCACUCUUCGCUCUUCAGAACUCUGCCCCUGAAUAGUAGCUCCAUGAGUGUAGAAUGUGUAAGUCUGUACCUUAACACCUGCAUGUUGUAACAGCUGCUGCUGUAGAGAGAAGCAGGGAGCACUGAUUGGUGUAAACUCCAACUGUGGAUGCAAGAUUUAUUUCGUUUGAUUGUUGUAAUUUCUGUGAAACAGAAUCUGGCACUCUGAUUUGUUGCAAUGGUGUAAGUGUAACUGAUGGA